UGAGUGCCCAAACCAUGAUUUUAGAGCAUAUUUGUUUAUCAUGAUGUAGUCGAUUCUAGUGCACAACGUGAGACAAAAUGAUCUUAUUGACUGAAGAGUGCAUCCAAAAUGAUCACUCUGAUCACCAAAUUGGCAGGAAAAUAACCGGAGGCGACAGACACGCACAUGACCCAACUCUUAUUUACGUAGCCGUGAUGGCUGUGCUGUGUGAUCUUAAUGCUGCUGGAAUUAUAGAGAAGGAUAGAAACAAUGAUGUGCUUUGGACUUGGUCUUAUCCAUCAGUGACUUCAGAGCAAAGAGAGUUUUUGAUUGCAAAAACUGGUUUUGGCACUGAAAAUCCGCUGUCCAUCAAUUUUGUAUACUCUCAAUGGAAACAGACAUGGUACUACAUAUACAUUGUUGACGUCACCUCAGAGGAUGCAGCACUAUCUCGGGUUGCACAAUUUGCUCUUGUGUUGCUGGCGAAAGAUUUCAAUCCUGAGAAAUAUUCAACAUUAUGCAGAUUGUUCAGCCGUCAGUACAAGAAGACUGGCAGCCCCGUAGCAAUGCUGGAAGGCUAUUUGUCAGUUGUGACAAGAGGAGUUUGUAACAGUGAUGAAAACGGAAAAUUUUCUGUCAGUGACUACAGCAAACAACAAGCCUAUUCUCGGAGCUGUGUCAAAGACAUCAUACAGACAUUUGGUGUGGAAACAAUUUUCAUUUACACAGCCAUGCUGUUGAAGAAAAGGAUUGCAAUAUAUUACCCGCCACAUUCUGUCAGCAAUUUGUUGGACUAUACAAGAUCUAUCCCUGCUUUUGCAUGGCACAGACAAAAUUGGAGCAUUGUACAUCCAUUUGUGCAGCUGAAUGAUGCAGAACUUGAGAAUCUUCAAAGCAACUCUCACUAUGUUGCAGGUUUUACAGAAGCUGCUGUGGAAGGCAGGUCCGAUCUGUAUGAUCUGUUUGUGAAUGUUCCUAAUAAUCAAAUCACCGUUGCUUCCCAUGCAAAAGAUUCAUUUGCAAUGGGAAAACUACAUAAAGAUGUUGCUACCUUGAUGGUUGAGAAGGCUGAUGAUGACAGCCUUGAAGACGUUGAUGUAAUCAAGGAAAUUGCAAAUAAAACAAAGGACUUGCUGAACAACUUGAAAUCCUUGGCGACAGAAAACGAGGAUGGAAAGCUGACUCUGAGCCUUGAGACAUUGAAAGAACGAAGAAUGCCUCCUGCCACUGAAAACUUUUUGUUUAGCCUUGCUGCCUCGGAGGGUUUUGUGAAGUUCUGAUGUUGAACAAUAUGUUAAUAGUUAUUAAUUUGUACAUUUGUAAUUGGCUGCAUAAAUAAAGUUAAAAAAGUAUAGUCAUCCAUGAACUCUGGAUUUUUUACUAAGCAUAACUGUUUUUUAAAAAGAUUUUAGCUUAAUGUUCAGCCAGGUGCUUUUUUUUCUUUUUUAAUUUGUUACCUAUUCUUAGAAAAUAAAUGUAAUGUGAGUGUAAAGAUUACACUAGAGACUGAGAUCUGCUUCAUUAAGACCUGAGUCUGGAAAGAUGUAGAUGAUUUUCUUUUCCUUUUCAAUUUUAAUUUAGUCAAACAACCAUCUACUCUGGAGCCCUAGAAAAGCAGGAGUUAUUGUUAGGCAGACAUGAUAAAGGAUAUGUGAUUUAUAUUGAAAUCGACAGGAUAUUUCUUUUUUAAACCCUUGCUGUACCUGUGCUCUCCAUGCGCACAGAACCCAUGCAUUAACAUAUAAUUGUUUAAGUCUACCAGUCCUACCAAGGGAGCUAAGGGGCAGGGGUCCUGUUGGCUGUGGGUGCCAGGGCACAGUUAAGGCUUUGGUUGCAAUAUCCACAAAUUUUGUUAGUCAAGGAAUUUUUAAAAAUCAUAUAUAAAAGGACAGGCACUGACCUGUGCAGAUUAAGCUAUUAUACAGCAAGUGUGUGCCAUUGGUAUACUGCAUACUUUAUGCUUUAUAUUACAGUAGACAUCUUUGUACUUUUGCACACCAUUAGUAGGCUACUUAAUGUUCAUGUCUGCUUCAGUGUGCAGACAAGCCCCUUUCUAAAACAUUGGUAUGCCUUCUUAAAAUAGAAAUAGAAUUUGAAAGUCAACUCUUAUAACUUGAUCUUCGUUGAGAAAUUUGGUUUACGAUGGUGAACAUAAAUAUAUGAUAUGUGCAUACUGUCAUUUAUCUCUACAUUGCACAAUAUCACACCGAAUAUGGACAAGGAACUCAAAAUUGCUAUUCGCCACUAUGCAGCACAUUGUUUUAAUGGUUAUAAUGUUUUCUCAAGUGAAUGAACACCCACUCAAACGCUAUGUUAUCACCAUACGCUUGACAUUAUUGUGAGCCAGAGCGCAUUACCCACUCUGUCACCAGCGCUCCUGGAUGUGAUUUGGUGAACUCAGAUGUCAUACUAAAAAAAAGAAUACUUUAUGUGGAAUGUUGUCACAGUAGGGCCUACAUGAGUUCAAAUUGUAUUUGCACAGAAUAUGCUUGUACCGUUUUCUGACAAAAAUUGCUUGAAAAUGUUUCCACUUUCAAAGACUGAUGGAAUAAGAAGGCUGUUUGUAUUAAGCUAGAGGUAAAAGCAGUGAGUGCCAAAGUUGACCAUAGCAAAUAAUUGUUUGUGAUGACACAGCUUUUUUUGUCUUUACAAUUCUUCAUAACUUUUAAAAAAAUUGAGCUUCGAGAGUGAAAUGUUAUGAGGGUCGAUUCGAAAACUCCAUAACAGGGGGAUGGAGGUUCAGGUUGCAAUAAUGAAGGUUAAUUGUAUAUAAUGCUAUUCAUAUAUUAUGUGGAGAGCAAAACCUGUGAUGUGUGGCUGAACAGAGGAACAGAAUUAGAAAUCAGUGGCCAGUACUUUUGCUUUGCACCAUCCCAAUGGGUUAAGCACUCCUGUGAACUUCAUUUUUCUUUCUGGAUUUUGAUGAAGAAGGAAUAAGGAAUAUAUGAAUGAAUGAUGAAUUACUUAUGUCAGAAGAGCAAUAGGACGAAAAGUUCAAUUUCUCUUGCAUUGCAUACGACUUUGAAUAUUAAAGCUGAUAUCUUAUCAAGAGUGUAUCAUAUAUUUGAAUGAAUGUUUUAAACUUCUUGCCACGGGCACUUGUCACAAUGUUUAUGUUACGCAUGAACUGUUUAUUAUUGUAUUGCAAUUAAAUGAUAUGACAACUCUAGAAAAAA